AACAACGUGUGCGUGUGCUAGAAAGCCGGCUAGCGAGUUUUCCCAAAGCAAUGGCUCAACAAAAGGGAAUUUACGAUUAUCUUCGUUCCGUGGACUGCUGCAGAGUGUGCUGCUUGCGAUUCCUUAAAGGUACCAAGGAAGAGUUUGUCGACAUUGAUGCCGCAUUGAAGAAGCGAGAUCUAGAACCGGCGGAUCAAGAAAAUGGGGAGCACAAAGCGAAAAAGCUUAAGGAAAAUGUAUGCAUCGCCUGUCUGGGCCUGUUCGAUCUCGACCGCAUUGCGACGCUUGCCUGUGAGGUGAAGGAACACGCGGCCUACAAACAGUACCGGUGUGAGGCCGGAUUUCUUACCUCCAUCUCGUUACCGAUCGUGCUACACCUUCGACAGCUUGCCCUGUGGUUCGAUGUGGUGGACCGGUUUCCGCAAUCAUUCUUCCCCGGAACGCCACCCGACAUUGCGGUGAAGGAUGCGCUCAAAAUGAUUAUCAUCCACCAGCUCGAACGAACCCUCGAGAAACCUUUUUCUGUGGACGGUGUAAUGGUGAAUGUACCGUACACCUACGCAAACGAAGAGGAAGAGCUGCGCACACUGGAACAAGUAAGCCCGGGUGUGUUUGCCAAUAGGAAAGCUAACAAACACACGAAGAAGGAAUUUAUCUCCAGAAACGCUUUUGAAAAACACUUUACACCGAGCAUGAUCAAUAGCGAUCGGUUCAGGAAACACUACGCGGUACCACCGGUGUCAUCGGAAGAGGUAGGAUUGAUAAGGGGCGAGCUUUCAUUUACCGGGCCAACCAUUUUCCUCGCCGGCCGAUACAACAAGUUUUCCCGCGAGCUUAGCCAAACGCCCUGGAUGAUUGAUGGCAAGCGAAAGAUGGCGGGGAGUGUGCAGGAAACGAUCGGUGCGAGCGUUGCGCCACAUUUUGGCGUCUCCGACGAACAGCUGAUCUUUUCCUCCAGCGGCCGGGAGGAUGUCGAUGUGCGCUGUCUCGGCGAAGGGCGGCCCUUCGUGCUGGAGAUUGUCGAUGCCAAGACGGACCAACUGCCGGAGGAUGUGGCAAUCCGGAUGGAGCAAGAGGUCGGCACAUCGCAAACGGUUGCCAUACGGGACAUUCAGCUGGUGAAGCGGGAAGAUCUCGUACACAUACGGCACGGUGAAGAGGACAAGCGAAAGUUUUACCGGGCACUUUGCGUUACCGCCGAACCAGUUACGGAGGAGAUGGUGCGGAAGCUGCGCAUCGAUGAACCGUUCGUGAUGCAACAGGUGACACCGCUGAGGGUGCUGCAUCGGAGAACGCUACUGGCCCGGCCCCGCACGGUGUACAGUGUGAAGGCGUUCGCUUGCCGCGAGAAUGCGCACGCGAUGGUGGUCGAUAUCGUUUCGCAGGCCGGCACGUACAUCAAGGAGCUGGUGCACAGUGACUUUGGUCGGACGGGGCCGAGCUUUCGCAGCAUAAUCGGGGCCGAGAUUGACAUCCAUGCGCUGGAUGUGAUGGCAAUCGAUCUGGAUUGGCCGAAGAAACUCAGACGGUGAAGAUGGUGAUCUAAUGAAAAGCAAAUGAGUAUAGACAUGUAAGAAAGGACAUGUAAGUACA